AUGCAUUUAGCAGACACGUUAAGCAAAGCACACUUGCCCCUCUCCGAUGUGACAACGUUCGAGGCGGAGGUUCAGAAUGUAAACAUGGUCCAAGAUUUGCCACUAGCAGCAACUAGACUAGAUGACGUCCAAACCCACACUGCAAAGGACGACACCUUACAAGUGCUAACAAGAGUCAUCCUAGACGGGUGGCCAGAGGAUAAAGGUGCCGUUCCAGCAGCAGCAAUGCCCUACUUCAGUAUUCGAGACGAACUGAGCGUCCAAAAUGGGAUAAUCCUUCGCGGAGAAAGGGCAUUAAUUCCAAAGUCGCUCAGACAUGACAUGCUGAGGCGGAUCCAUGCGUCCCACAUUGGCGUGCAAGGGUGUCUACGACGAGCAAGAGAGUGCGUGUAUUGGCCAGCCAUGUCCAGUGAAGUGAAAGAUUUCAUUCUGAAGUGCGACAUUUGCCGCUCGGUUGAUAACAAACAGCAAAAGGAAACCCUCAUUCCCCAUGACGUCCCUGACCGUUCAUGGGCCAAAGUGGGCACUACAGCCAGUUCCGUAAUCAGAAAGAUGAAGAUGCAGUUUGCCCGAUAUGGUAUUACCGAUAUCUGUGUUUCAGACAAUGGCCCGCAAUUCACAGCCCAUGAGUACAAGAAGUUCAGCAAGCAGUGGAAAUUUGAACUGGUCACGACAUCCCCUAGAUACCCUAAGAGCAAUGGGAAGGUUGAGAAUGCCGUUGGAGCAGCUAAGCGACUGAUGAAAAAAGCAAAGAAGAAUUCUUCCGAUGCUUACCUUGCUCUCCUCGACUACCGCAAUACUCCAACACAAGGAUUAGAUGCCAGUCCAGCACAGCGACUGAUGAACCGCCGAACGAAAACUCUCCUGCCAACGGCAAAAUAUCUGCUGGUUCCAGGAGUAAUCUUUGGGCAACACCAGAAGAUUGUGGCCAACAAGCAACGUCAGGCCAAAUACUACAAUAAAGGGACUCGUGAUCUCUCUACACUGAAGUCCGGAGACAUUGUCAGAGUGAAUCUCUCACCUGACAGCCUAAAACAAGAAGACCUGCGAAAGGCACAAGUCAAGGCGGAGGUCGGGGUGCGAAGCUACGCGGUAGUAACAGAGGACGGUCAGAGAUUUCGACGCAACCGCGUGCACCUAAGGAAAUCAAAUGAGGCUUUCAGCACCUGCCAACCAACAGGGGAGCCGCCCUUUAGCUAUGUCACUACACCGUCGACAGCCGCACACGCCACCCUGCCCCUCGAUCCUGUCGCUGAUAAGUCUCCAGUCAGACCAACUUCUCCCACACCUGCAACAGAUCGACCCGGAAGCUCCUAA